AUGAAUUCUUUAGGAAUAAAAAAUCGAGUCUCGCGUUUUCGAUUGGAGCAACAUACUAAAAUAUUCGCAUCUAUGUGUCCCGAUGAGAUCCUUGAUCAUUAUGAUACUUAUGAAACCAGGGAAUAUCAAACGACGUUGUUGCUCGGUGACAUUUCAGGCUUUACAGAUCUCACGGAAAAAUAUACGAAAACCGGUGUCGGCGGUCCAUCCAAAUUAUCGGAAACCUUGAACAGCUACAUCGGUGCGAUGGUGCAGGAAAUUCUCUCGCAUAACGGAGACGUGGUGAAAUUUUCCGGCGACGCGUUCAUAGUAAUGUGGAAGCUUCAAAAAGGAAUACUUAUGCGCGAUAUCGCGACAGAGGCAAUGCAAACCGCGUGUGUCAUACAAAAACAUUUUGGAACUUAUGAAACCGACGUUGGCGUAACUCUCAAAGUAAAACUUGCCAUUGCUUCUGGAAAAACGUAUUUCACGUCUAUUGGUGAUCCAGAAACAUUGUCAUAUUAUGUUAUCACUGGGAAGCCUGUUUGGGAUGUAAAAUUUGCCGAAGGUUUAUGUCGGGGAGGCGAUAUUCUCGUGGUAUCUAGUAGCUGGCAAUGGGCGAAUCCCAAUGAAUAUAUCUACGAAAGUUUACCGGAUGGUAAACACACCCUGAUCAUAGCCUGCUCGGCAAUGUGGUAUCAGUCUAAAACGCAAGAUAUACAAAAUGAUAUUGAAGAUGAAAACGAAGAUUUAGAUCGAGAUUAUACUUUAUUUGAUGCCGAACCGAGUAGUAUAACUUUAACGGAUCAGAUAGACGAUAAUUUUAAGGAACAUGAUUUUGAACAAGUCGAUUAUAGUCUGAGGCCCAAAGUCAUCAAGGCAGCUAAAGCACGAUUGAAAGAUGCAUUGAGAAGCUACAUCCCCAGACCAGUGAUACGAUCCGUGGAAUUGGACGAGCCAUUAGAGCAUCUUACAGAAAUGAGACAAGUAGUCAUACUUUUCAUCAACGUCAUUACGGCGAAUGUAUAUAAGGAAAGAUUGAUUUCGCUUGUGAACAAGACUUAUAGAUUAGUCUGCGAGCUAGUCAACGAAAUGCACGGAUGCGUCAACAAGACAUCUCUCUUUGACAAGGACCUGCUAUUCCUUUGCGUAUUCGGAUUACGAGGCGACAAACAUGAGUUGGAAUCGCAGAUCGGAUUGAGAUGCGCCAGCAGACUGCGGCAGGAUCUUUUAGCGAUGAGCAAUAUAAAAUCCGUAACAAUUGCCGUUACCACUGGAAUGACAUAUUGCGGUGUGAUCGGUCACGUAUUACGAAGGGAAUAUACCGUGAUCGGAAUGUCAGUGAAUAAAGCGGCACGUUUGAUGGUCGCAUACAAUAACAAAGUGGUGUGCGAUCGUGAGAGCUUUCUUCAUUCUCGUCUCGAAGCGAAGCAUUUUAUAUUGCAAGAGCCGAGACAUCUGAAAGGAAUCACGAACGUUGGCCCUGUGUAUGAGUUUCAGGAACAGAUAAAUAAUUAUCCUUUGCUCGGUCGAGAAGCAGAGAUCAAAGUUUUUCAAGAAAUGUUAACGAAUAUGAUAGAAUAUUUUAUUAGGAAGCGCAAAAUGCAGCAGUUAAAGCUUGAUUAUAAUAAAUUAAUUAUAAAAGGCGAGCCGAGAAUCGGCAAAACAAGAUUAUUGGAUGAAAUAGCACAGGAUAUCCCCACAGAUAUAUCAUACAAUUAUAUCUCUCUGAUGACGAACGAUGCUAAGGCUUCUUAUAAUUUGAUCCACAUGAUCUUCUCUAAGCCACUGAAUUUCCACAUCACUACUAGCCCGAGAGAACGUGAGGAAAGAUUGAUGUCAGAACUAGGCCAAAUACGCGAACCCGAGUUUCUCUGCGUUCUCAAUCAGCCCUUCAACGUUCAUUUCGCGAUGAGUCAACAUUACACGGCUCUAUCCAUGCAGCAAAAGCGCAAAAUGUUGAAAAAGUUUCUGCUGAAGCUGCUGAAAAAUUGCUUCAAGGAACUAUGGGUGAUGAUCAUUGAUGACAUUCAGUACGGAGAUAAUGAAUCCAUGUUAUUAUUUCCUACGCUGACCAGGCGGAACAUCUUCUUUGUUCUUAGUAUUGGACACAAGUUCGGCGAAGAAUAUGAAAUGCAUCCUGGCAUUUUAAAAAAAGCACAAAUUGUUGAAUUGAGUUAUAUAGAUAAGUGGUAUCAUGCAGCACUAGCAUGUCAGUUCCUUCAGGUGUACGGAAUUCCUCCUGAACUUGAAAAAUUGAUUCAAGAAAAAAGUUUCGGUAAUCCAGGAUGGAUAGAGAGUUAUCUGGUAAGCCUUACGCAAUCUGGCAGCAUUUUGAUAGUGCAUAUACGCAAAACGAUAGCCGAAGAAAUGGGUUAUAAUGGUCCAAUAGCGUUACAUUUGCAACGGGUCGAGAUUCACAAAUCAGAUGCAAUUGAUAAUGAAGAAAAAAUUGCCGUUUGCAAAUUUGCGAAAGAUUAUGUACCAGAAGAGACAGAUGCUGAGAUGACAAUGGACGUAAUGAUCUUGAAACUCUUCGACUCGUUAACACCAUUGGAUCAACUAUUACUAAAAUGUGCAUCAGUGUUGGGAGAAAUUGUUAAUAGAGAUAUGCUACGGUAUCUAAUGGCAGACAAAUCUAUUAGAGAAAUUGGACUUGCCAUCCAGAAACUCUUCGAAAUUCGAAUUUUUGGAUGCGCGGGGGGUGAUUUCACUACGAGUGGUAGGCCACUGGUAUUUUACAGAAAUAUAAAAAAAAUUAGCAGAAAUACAGAAAUUGAAUGCGAUUGUAUAGGCCUCAUAAUACAAGAUGAACUAAUUGACUUGCCGCGAUACGCAUCUUGCGGUUUGAUCCAUUUCAAAAUGUCAAUGUUUCGCGAGACUACUUACAGAUCACUCACAGAAAAUCAGAAAAUAGAAUUACAUAGCAAAGCAUUAAAAUUUCUUCAAAGACAUGUCAGACGAUGUAUGGCAUGUGGCGAGUUACAAUUUGAAAAAUUAUUAGGCAAAUCAGUCGCCCAAGAAAUAAAAAGGAGAAGAGCAACUAUUGAGCUUCCUAAAACGUAUCAACUUGAAAAAGUGACUUACACUCUCAAGAGAGAAGAUGCAGACAAAGACAUGGGAGAAGAAAAAUCACCGCUUUGUGCCUAUAUUUUCCGAAAAAUCAGGAAGCCAAUCAAAACCUUCUCUAACGUUGAUUUUACCAAUUGCCAAUGCCAUCUUAUAUUGACAACCGUCUAUGCGCAAAUAUUGGAUCAUUGUCAAGGAAUCGGAAAGCCAGACAUGAUCUUGAUGGCAAUUCUAGAAUUUGUGGAGAUUUGUUUGGCAGACAACAAUGUACCUCAAGCUCGUAGACUUUUGGAUGAUGCUGAAGUUGUGCUUCAACAAAUAUUUGAAACUCACAAAGAAGAAUCGAUAUUCUUGUCUUAUAUCAACGCAAAAAUCCAAACUCUUCAAGGUAGAUGCCAUCUAGAAAGUGGUUUGCUUUCCGAAGCGAACAAAAAACUGAACGAUGCAAUGAACAGUCUGGGUUAUUAUUUUCCAGAACACAACUUUUCAAUUAAUUUGAAGUCGACAAUUCAACUCGAGUUGUUAAGAUGGAAACUGAUUUGUCCGAAGCCUUGGAGAAUCGAUAUUGUCGAUGAGCUCACUAUAAAUUAUAUCGAGCAAUUGGCUACAUGCUUAGCACAAAUGUUUGAAGUUUUUAGAGGAACAAAAGGAAUGAAAAAACAUGCAAGAUUAGCAGCUAUAUGGAGCUUGAAUGCUGCGUUAGAGUCGUCGAGAGAUUUUCUCACGCUUUGCACUUCGUUUACGAACAUGAUGCUUAUUGCUCACGUCUAUCAAAAAAGCCGGUCAGUUAUUCCUUAUUUGGAAAAACAGGUUCUCGAUAUAUGUGCGAAAAAAGGAGACUUCCUCGAGCUCCAAGAGCUCAAAGGCAUCGCUGAAGUUUAUGCCGGAGUAUUUUUCUCGCGAUGGUUGAGAGGAGAGAUUAACAGAGCGAUCAGAAUCGGCUUUAUCGUAACGAGAAUGGCGCAAACCAUGGAUUCCAUAUUUCUUAAAACGCUUAUACUACCGAGAUUAGCGCACUUGCUUAUGCUUUCACGCCGUCAUUCAGAAGUCGUAGUUUUGCUGAGAGAAUUGGAAUUCGCGUCGAAAAACGACUUGGAAAAAUCGAGCCGCACAUGGUACUACGCUAUUUGCGCUGAUAUACAACUCGACACAGGCAUUACAAUCCUCUCAUUUCAAAAUUGCGAACAAUAUUAUCUUCAAGAAGGGGAGUCCAUAAUCAGUCUGCGCGAUCCCGAAGCGGAAAGACGGUAUUUUACCUCCAUGUGGCUCUGGUUUAUUAAAAUUAAAGCUCUUGAGAUUCUAAUAUAUAUAAAUAUUAAUAUAAGGAGUAUUAGAACAGAGCAGUGGGAAGCUAUGAUUGUUUGGAACAGCAGGAACGUGACAGCCGAGAGUAUGGUGGACGAGCACAAAGUGGCGGCUACGAUUACGGCUUUGAAGAAACUCGAGGGACUGCUACUUUUGUACGUGCGGGAAGUUACUAAUAGAAACAUCAACGCGGUAAACACAAUGAUGGAAAUUAAAAAUAUAUUUAAAUAUAUCCAAAAUAUGGUAAAGAUUGUAAAAAUUGCGAUUCCCAGAUAUAUGUUGAUGAAAGCUUAUUAUUAUAUGAUCCAAUCGCGAAAAAGUGCUGCAGUAAAUAUGCUACAACGAACAAAGAAAUUAUCUAUGAAGGUAGAUAACAAAAUGAUUUAUACAUGGGCAAAUCAUUGUCAACAGAAUUGGAUGGGCGCUAUGUCUUCUAUACAUGAAGAUUUAUGGAAAGAAAAAACUAUUGAAUUAGAUUAUAAACAAGAUGAUAUAAAUAUUAACGAAUCAGUCAUGGUACCUUUUACCUUUCCUUUACCGAAAUUUUCUUUUUAG